UCAGCUGCUCGGAGGAAGGAAAGUGGGCAGGUAAAGGUUCCCAACAUGCACCGAGCUGCGGGGAGUGUCCUGGGUUUCCAGCGCUUCCAGUUUGUUAGGCAAAAUAGUAAUUAAGAGCUCUGUGGGUUCCAUGGAGUAGCAGAGGUAACUGUCAGCCAGCGCAUGCUGUCAUGCCUCUUCCAGGGUUCAUCUCUUCUGAAUAAAUGAAGAAAGUGAGUAUGAAAGCACAGCAUCUACCUUCUGUUUCCAUUAAUGAGGAGAAGUUUAUAACCAGAGAGCAGCUCAGUUCUCUUCUGAAGACUUAUAACUCUUACUAUUCUGAUCAAGAAAAUCUGCAACUGUCGCAUAGUCAGCAAGAAGAUGGCAAACCAUUUAUUGAGGGUAUCUUGUCAAUAUUUUGGGGAGUCCGACAUCCUAUCCAAUUAAAAAUUCAGGAUGAGAAGCAGAUAGCCUCUUUCAUAACCCUGAAGCCAACGGAGAACGUGGGCUCAUUCCCUAGUAAAAGGGGAAUGACACGCUGGGGAGAAUUCGAUGACCUACAUCAUAUUAGCGGGGAAACACUGAAAUCUGCUGAAGAAAAGCCAAACCCUGAGCCAAGUUAUUCAUGUUAUGAAAGCCACACUCUGAAGUCCAAGAGCGAGCCGGAACGUGAUUGUGCUACGCUGCCCAGGGCCGGCAGCAGCGUUGCGGCUGUGCGGAAGAGGACCAAGUUCCCCAUGAUAGCGAGGACGGAAGUAGAAACUCACAGGUUCUCAAUUAACGGCCACUUCUACAACUACGAGAUAGAAAACAGCCCACACGAAUUUGCGCUUUAUAUUAUCCAUGCAUCCGGAGAAAAGAAGCAGCUGAGGAGCGGAGACGUUCCCUUACUGCACAGACUCUUGCAGGGGCCCUCGGAGAAGGUUGCCAGAUUUUUUCUCAUGGACAGGGACGUGGAAGAGAUUAGCAGUGAUGUUGCUCAGUAUAUUCAAUUUCAUCUUCCCUUUCUGGAAUCGAUUCUGCACAGAAUAAAUGAGGAAGAACAACAGGAGAUUCAACAGACAAUUGCAAGGUACCUAAAAGAGAAGAGUAUGAUACGCCAGCACCUUCAGAGCCGAACUGUUAGGAAAACAGAGACUGCCGUUUGA